AAAGUGAAAAAGAAAACAGGUGACGUGGCAAAAAAUAGCAAAUUUGUUUGUCUGUCAUAAAGAUAGUGCCAAUUGGUGGUGGCAAAAUAUUAUGUUUAUUUCAAAUCAAUAUUUAACACUGUUCUGUUUUUUGUUAAAAGCAGACGAUUUGGUCUAAUUUAUUCUCUAUUACAUUUUUUUUUUCAACAUUCAUGUUUGCAGUGAAUAAAAAACAAUGUCUGACAAUAAAAAUGUUAAAGAAUCCCUUGAGGGGGAUCAGUUGGAUAAUAUUGACAGCAAUAUAGCAGUACCAGCUAGCGACGUAUCCAGCAUCGCAGGAAGUGUUAAAAUUACUAAAACACCACAUCGCGUCUCCUCUUCUUCCGAAAGACAAAUAAAAGUUGAGCGAGCACAGAGAGUUUUAGAAAAUGCUGCUCUUGUCUCUAAACAUAUUAAAGAACGCAGAAAAGCAACUGCAGAGUUGUUGGGACGACCCUUUGAAGAAGAUGAUGUUGGAGAUAGUGCUUCUGAAGUUGCAUCCACCAUGAGCAAAAAAUCAGGCUAUUCAGUAGCAACAGAUACUUCAACAACUUUGUCUGUGAAGGAGGCCUUAAACAUACCUGGUAUCAGUGAAAAUUUAGCAAAUACACUGAAGCAAAAAGAAUUGGUCAUGGAGAGGAUAAAACAAUAUAAAGAAAUAAGUAAGAGACCAUCAUUAAUAAAGUCAUCACCUAUUAGCAAAAAAGAUUAUAUUUCAGAAAUGAAGUCAGAUGUUAAAAAGAUUUCAGAUACCAGCAAUGUAUCACAACUUAUAAACUCAGUUAAGGAGAAAGAAAAUAUGCUUAGUAUAAUGCAAGUAAAAUUAAAAGCAAUGGAAACAACUAUAUUAGAUUUACAAGAGAAAAUUAAUGAAAAGGAUCAAAUUAUUGAGGCUAAAAAUAUGGCAACUAGUUUGAUGUCUGAUAGUCUAAGUAAAAAAGAAAAAGAUUCUAUGGUAUUGCUUGAAGAUACCAAACAACAAAUGACCAAAAUGCAAGAAAAUUUUGUAAUAAUGGAAACAGAGUGGAAAGAGGAAAAACAAAGAUUACAAAAUGAAAUAGAUAUAAGAAAUGAAAAAAUUAACAAUUUAGAAGAAGCUAAUACCAUCCUUGAAAAUUCUAGAUUUGAAAUCAGUGUAGCACAUUCAAAAUUAGCAGAAGAAUUAGAUUUAAAGAAUAAGGAAAUUAUAAAACUCCAAGUUAAAAUUGAACAGCUGUCUAAGGAGCAUCUUAAUAUUUCUUCACCUGAAGAGAAAAAUGAUAAUGAAAAUGAAAAAGGGUCUUUAGAAGUAUCAAAUAUGAUUGAAUUAACCAAAAAGAUAGAACUGUUGGAACAAUUGAAUUGUCAAAUAAGACAAACAAACAAAGACCUAGAAAACAAACUUGCUACUAUGUCUGACCAAAAGCCUGCUUCUACUGUUUCACCAGUUAAAAAACAAAGUCCACUUCCAACUCGUAAGGGCAAAAAUACUGGUAAAAAUAAAUCUCCUUGGAGCAAAUUGUCUUCAGAAUCAUUAUCGCAAGAAUCAGAAAAGAAACCACAAAAAAAUGAAAUAGAAAAAUUUGAAAUGUUAGUACAGUCUCUGAAUAAAGAAAUUUUAGAAAAGGAAUAUAUGAUUUCACAAAAAGAUACUUUAAUAUCUGAGCUACAAUCAGCAAAUAUAGAAAAGGAAGCUACUAUAAAUAUUCUUAAAGACUCACAAAGAGAACCUAUCCAGGAAACAGAGGAUAUUGGAAUUUCAACAAAUAUAGUUGAUAGUAUAAAGACUGCACUGCCAGACCCAGAAGAAAUAAAUGUAACUGAUACUGCAUUAUGUAGGGAACAUUGUGUUAUUAUUAAAGAGCUUGAAAAUAAAUUAAGCGCUGCUCAACAACAAAUUGAAGUCCUUAAUCAAGAUAUAGAUACUGCCAAUAAAAAUAUGAUAAAAGUGAAAUCUAAUCAUAAAUUAAAAAUUAAACAGAUGCAUAAAACAAUUGAAAAUUUCAGUAAAGUAUCUGAUACAAAUGCAGAAAUAAUAAAACUUAAUGAAGAACUUCAUCAGCUAUCACAAAAAGUUGCUGAGUUAGAAGAAGAAAAGGGUAAUUUGCAAUUACAUCUUGUAGAUUAUGACAGUGGUAGAUUAACUGAGUCAGAUAUUUAUAAGAAGAUGAUUGAGAUGGAAAAUUUGGCAGAAGUGAGACUAAAAGCUAUUAGUUUAUUAGAGACUCAAAAGUUUGAUUUAGUGCAAGAAUUACAUGUUUUACAACAAAAAUAUGUAGAAGUUGAGGAUAAAUUAGCAGAUAUGUCUCAAUUUCAAAAUGACCAAGUUUGUUCUGAAAUGAAAUCUGUACAACUUGAAGAACAGAUUGAUGGGCUUGUGGCUACCAAAAAUGAAUUAGAGCUUGUUAUCGAAAACCUGAAAUUAGAUAAAGAUCAGUUAAAUGGAACCAUAAAAUUAUUACAAGAAGAAAAGGAAGAACUUAUACAGAAAUUAGAAAAUUAUAUUCAAGAAAAUAUUGAAUUGACUGAUAAACUUGAAAAAUUAAGUGCUGAAAAAGUGAGCUCUGCAGAAUCAAUUGAAAUUGUAGAAUCAUUAACAACACAAGAAAAGUUAGAACUUGAAGAAUACAACAAAGGCAAGAUUAGUGAUAGUGUUGGUAAUGAUUAUGAAAAAGAAGUAGCUCAGAGUAGUGAAAAAUCACAAGAAGUUUUAAUGGAACAAAUUGCUGAAUUAAACAGAAAAAUUGAAUUAUUUUCUCAGGAAAGAGAAGAAGUAAUGGAAAAAAUGAAUAAAAUCAAUUCUGAAAAUCAACUCUUACAUAAAGAAAUAGAAAUACAAAGUGAGCAAUGCAUGGUGUUACAAAACAAUCUAGAUGAGCUGAAUAACGAAAAGAACGAGAUACAAAAACUAAAUGACAUUCUUAACAAUCAAAUAGAAGAAUUAAAGAAAGAGCGUAUAGAAAUAAUGAAAGAAACUGUAGAAAUCACAAAAUCCUCAAACAUUGAUGAUAUAGGAGACACGAUAGGAAUUUCAGACUUACCUCACGAAGAUAAGUCUGUAGGAGACAAAGGAGGCAGAAACAAAUCUGUUAAACAAUUAACAAAAGAAAUACUGAAAUUAAAAAACAUCAUUAAAGAUAGAGAAGAGGAAAUAGCAGAUUGUCAAAUGAAAAUACUAUCCUUGGAGGAAUAUCAGCAAAAGCAAAAUGAAUUAAUGCAAGACAGUACAUCUUUUGAAACAAAAAUAAAGUUGUUAGUGGAAGAAAAUCAACAAUUAAAAGAUAAGGUUGAUAGUUUAGAUAAAGAUAGAAAUGCCGAAAAAGAAUUGUUACAAUUUAAACAGGCAAAUGAGCAAAUACAAGAAGAAUUACAUAAUGUUCGACAAGAAUAUGCAGCAACAAUUAAUGCACGUGACACUAGAAUACAUGAACUGGAAAAUCUUCUGUUAGAGUAUGAAAAGCAAAUAUAUAAUUAUAAUAGUACAUUACAAUUAAAAGACAAAGAACUCACAGAUUAUGUAAAUCAGGUUACAAAGUUAAAUGAUGUUUCACAAAAACUAAAAUCAACUAUCGUACUCCUUGAAGAAGAAAAAUUAAAAGAUCAAAAUGCUGAAAUUGUGAAAUCUUUAAAUAAGCAAAUUUCUGUAUAUCAGAAGAAAAUAUCAGAAUGUGAAGAAAAAAUAAGAAAUAUGGAAGACGAAAAAGUCCAAUUACUUUCUUUAAAAACUGUGCUAGAGAAUAAAAAUAUCAAUUUAGAUACUGAAUUGAAAAAAUUACAAGAAACGUUUGCUGAAAAACAAAAUUUGGUCAAAGAUUUACAAUCUCAACAACAAAAAUAUUUAGAAGAGAUAUCUAAUACCAAGUUACAAGCUAAAGAACGCGACGAAGAAAUUCACGAAAUCAAACUUCAGUUAAGAAAAGAAUCUAUAGAGAACGAAAAGCUUCGCACAAGUCUCUCCCAGAAAGAUAAAGCUUUAGAAGACUUUACAGUAAUAUUUGAAGAAAACAAAGGAAAGUUGGAAAAAAUUGAAUUGGAGAAAUCUCAAAUUAAUGAGCAAUAUAUUUUAUUGGAAAAUAAAAAUAAAGAAUUAAUGGAAAAAUUGAAGAAGUUCGCAGUUAAUAUUAAGAAAAAGACUGCGAUGUAUACUGAAUUAGAAAGUCAAUUGAUGGAAACUCAAAAGCAGCUUGAAGCAAAAAAUGUAGAUAUGGAACAGUUAUUAAUACAAGUAGAAACGCUACCAGCAUUACAAGAAAAAGUGAAACAUGCUGAUGAAGAAAUUAAUCGACUUCUCUUGCAAAAAAAUACUCUGGAAAAACAAAAAUCAGAUGAAACGACACAAUUACAGUUAGAUGUACAAUCCCUUGAGGAAAAAGUAACGAUAGCUUCAAGAGAAGUUUUCAGGUUGAAUGAUUUACUUAAUGUCACACAAAAAGAAUUACAUUUAAUGUCUGAAGAAAACAAAAAUCUUAAAAAUCAAAUAGAUAGUUUACAGAAUAAGUUAGUUGAGCAUGAGAUAGACCAAAAAAACAGUUUAAAUUUCAUAACAAAAAUUUCUAGUUUGGAAAGUGAUAUAAAUCAAAAAGAAAACCAAAUUGCAGAUUUGUUAUUUAAACUUGAAGGUCAAGAACAACAGUUAAAUCAAUUACACUUUGGGCAUGAUGCCAAAGUUCAAGAAAGAGAUUUGUACAUAGAAAAUUUAGAAAGUGAGAUACAAAAAUAUAAAAAUCGUAUUUGUCGCUUGGAGGAAAGCGUAUCUGUUAUGGAAGAUAGAAGACAUUCAUUAGAACGUAAAGCAGAUCAGUUAGAUACGCAAUUGCAAGAAAAACAAAAAGCUUAUAAUGACUAUACAAGUCAUGAGGAUGAGUUAGUUAAUAGACUAGCGGUUCUUAUGGACCACGAUCGAGUUGUUGAAAAACAACUGCAUGUUAUAGAAAGUGACAAUAAAGAGUUACAUCAUAAAAUUCAUCAUUUUAGUGAAGAAAAUCAAAAACUAAAGAAAGCUCUUUCCGACAUACAGGAACAUUGUAAUACUCUGGUAGAAAAAGCUAGUAAAUGUGAUUUUGCUGAAGCAGAAAUAGCGAAAUAUCAAGAACAAAUACGUGACCUGGAAACAAAUUUAAAACGUGUAACACAUGAACAUCAGAUAUUAUUAGUGCAACGAAAACAAGAUAUAGAAGAUUUGGAAUCUGAAUUUAAUACUCAAAUUGAAAAUGCUAUUAAGGAAAAGAAAAUUUUAAGUGAAAAAUAUGAGAAAAUCAGUGAUCAUGUUGGUCAAUUAGAAUUCAAGCUCCAGGAAUAUAGAAAUAAUAUUGAAAACCUUAAUCUGAAUUUAGAAGAACUUAACAAAAUAAAUCACGAUCUCAUAGAAAAAACUGCACAUAAAGACAAAUCUGUUUUUCCUGAUUAUACAGAACAGUAUGUUAGUGAAAUAAACAAAUUGAAUUCUAUUAUUAAUAAUAAAAAUCAAGAAAUUCAGGACAUUAAUAGUAAAAUACAAACAAUACAAAAUAACAACAUCGCAGUUGUAUCCAAUUUGGAAAGUAAUAUAUUAGAUUUGACACAUAAAUUACAGCAACAUUCUGUGGAAGCAGAUCAGCUCAAUAAAGAGAUACAUAUUUUGAAAAAUAGUAAUGAGCAACUACAAAUUCAACUUCUGAAUAAAGAAGAAAUAAUAAAAGAUUUAAAGGACAAGAAAAGGGUAACAUUUGAAAUGAAUAUUCCAAAAACUGAAGGAAUGGUAAUUUCAUCCACUAUUGAAGCCAUCAAUGAAGAUGAUCCUAAAUUGGACAUAUCAUCUGUUCAAUCUCAAAUAGUUUCUGAUACAGAUUAUAUGGAAGGUGAAGACAAAUCUGCUGCCUUGAAAAUAUCUGAAUACUUUCAAGCAAGUCACGAAGCUAAAGAUGAUAAAAAGUUCGAUAGUUCUAUAGAACCUGCGAUUGUACCUAAAAAAGCUUAUAUGUGUUAUAAAAGCGAUAGUAAAGAAGAAGAUGGUAAUAUCGGUAUUGUCGAAGAUCCAUUCAAUUCAGAUGAAGGUUGGGGAUUGGGAGAAUGUCAAGAAGCUGAAGAAGUAACAGUAGAUUUGUCUCAUCUUAAUGACCAAAUAUUACAAUUAAAGAAAGAUAAGGAUGUUUUAAAGACUGACCUUGAUAUAACUAAUACUAAACUUUUCAAAGCUUUAAAGAAACUAAAAGAAUACAAGUCAAGUAACGAAAUGCUUUCUAAUGAAUUAAAAUUAUCGAAGCAAUUGUCACAGUGUUCAAUUUUGGAUACUGCUAUUGAAGAUGAGUUGCGAAACAACAUUCAAGAGUUAGAAAAGAAGAUUGAAGACCUUACUGCAGAAAAUAAUAAAGAAAAACGUGAAAAAGAAGCUAUUAAAAAACAAAAUGAAGUUUUUAGUAGUGCUAAUGAUAGAUGGACAGAAAUUAAAGAGAAAAUGGAUAGUGAAAUAGAAUUAUGGAAAUUUAAAUUUAAAGAAGUUAAUGAUAAGUUAUCUACAGUACAAUGGGAUGCUAAGGAGUCUCCAGGACCUAAAAUUCCUGAGAUUCCAUUAAAUACUAGUGAACAAGCAAUAAAAGAUGAAAUGUUGAAGCUUGAAAAUGAAAACGAUGAAUUACAAUUACAGCUUGAUCAGUUAACUUCACAAAAUAAAGAAUUGUCUUCAAAGCAAGCUCAAAUGUUAAACGAAAUAAAUGAUUUACAACUUCAAGUGCAAAAACAGUCUGUUUGUAAAGAUUGUGAAAGUAUGAACUACCGUUUGUUGCAAUUGCAAGACAAUAACACAGAAUUGUUAAAGAAUAUUGAAAUUUUAAAUGAAAAACUAAGUCAACUUGAAGAUAAUUAUAAUGAAACAACACGUAAUUAUGAAAAGUUAAAAUUACAUAAAGAAGAACUGGAAUGCGGAUUUAAGAGUAACAUUAAAGAUUUAACGGACAAUUGCACGUCUUUGCAAAAUGAAGUGCAGUCUUUAAAAAAUCUGGAAAGCGAAGCAAAUAAGAAAAUAACAUCACUUCUGGAAGAAAUUGAAACUAUUAAACUUCAUAAAGAGCAACAAACUGAUGCUGAAUCCCAAGAUGCUGAUAUGUUAUUAUUAUCUGAAAAAUAUAAUGUUAUGGAAAAUAAGUGCAAUCAAUUAAAUUGUGUUCUUGAGGAAGCUAAUAGUAAAAUUGUAUAUUUAGAAUCUCUCAAACUCGAGUAUGAAAUAAAAAUAAAUUCUUGUGAACAACAAAUACAUGAUUAUGAACAAAAGCUUGCUGAAUUUGAACAGCAUCUAAUUGAGUUUAAUUCUCAAGCAGAACAAAAAUCUGCUACAACUAACAAAUCCGAAAAUUAUGAAGAACAGAUUAAUGAAUUGAAUUCCAAAAUACAACAAUUGAAUACUGAAAAUGAUCAGUUACUCUCAACCGUAACAGAACUUCGUUCAUCUAUAGCAAGUGCUGUAGAUCAACGUGGAUUUGAAAUAUCAGAGUUAUGGAAACAACAUUUAGCUCAAAGAGAAGCCGAUUUCCAAAAGACCGAACAAGAACUGAGGUCUGAACUAAGUGCGUCUGAAGCAAAGUAUGAACAAUUAUUAGAUAAUGUCCAGUCAUCAAGCCAAGAAGAAACUAAUAAGUUAAUAACUAUGGAACAAAUUAAUUCUUUACAAAUUAAACUUCAAGACAAAGAGGAACAUCUACAUAAUCUACAAAAUAAAUAUGCAGAGGUAAUGAAUCAGUUAGACAUUUUGCGGUCUGAAAUAGAAGACGAAAAAGUUAUUCAUGAUAACAAAAUACUUGCGCAACAAGAUGAAUAUGAAAAAUUAAUUCAAGAGUUAACAACGACAAAUCAGCAGAAUACAGAAAAUUAUGAACAGAACCUAAAUAGUAUCAAAUCUGAACUAAAUGAAACCAAGAAUAAAUAUAAUGAAUAUAAAAAACAAUUUGAAGAAUUGAAAGAGGAAUUGAAAACAUCUGAGGAUAAAAUUGUAGAAUUAUCGAAUCAGAUACAAAUAAAAGAAAGUGAAAUAUAUCAGAAAACAUUAGAGUACAGUCAUACACUAGCACAGAGGAAUGAAGAAUUUGAAAACAUUAGAAAGCAACUAAUUGAAUAUGAAAAGAAAGUAGAAGAAAUCAGUUUUGAAAAGGAGUCUGAAUUGGCAAUUUUGAGAUUAAAGAUACAUGAAAGCAAUGAACAUUAUGAGAAAAAUCAAAAAGAUUUAGAAAAUGAGAAAUUAGCUUUAACUGAAACAUUAAAUGCUAAAAUUGUAGAAUGCACAAAUCUCAAUAAAACUAUUACUAAAUUAAAUCACCACUUAGAAGAGCAGUCUAAAAUGGCUAUUGAAAUGCAGAUAGCGUUAGAAAGCCAAGAAGUAGAAAUAGUGUCACUUAAAGAUGAAUUAUCUAAUUUACAAAAUAAUAUAAGAGCAUCAAGUAGUAAAAUUGAAAAACAUGUUACUUUUGCGUCAGAUACAAAAUCGGAAACUGAAGUAGAAACGACUGAUGGUGCAUUGAAUAAGGAAUUAUUAGAUGCAGUCCCUAGAGCUGAAUUGGAUUUGGCAUUAUACAUGUUGCAUCAAAGAGAUGUGCGAUGUGAAGAACUUACGAUGGAGCUUACGCAACUAUUGGAGGAGAGGGAUACAUUACAACUACGCUUAUCAGAUAGUUUACGGUCUAAUGAGGAAUUAAAAUCAAAAUGUAAAAUAGGACAAGACAGAGCGAGUCUGGACGAAUUGUUGAGUUCUAGUCAAGAGACUGUGUCAGAAUUACCAACGUUUACAGUAGAGAAAGAACAGCAAUUCAUAGACAUUCACCGUUCUCAAACAUCACGAAGUAGCAGCAUAAGUGAUCCUGAUGGAGAUAAACCCAAGUUACAGGCAAAAUUAUCAGAGCUGCGCAGCGUAAAACAUAGUCGGGACGUACGGCUGAGACACGAGAGCGAGAAGCGGCAAAUGGAUUUACGGCUACUACAACGUGAUGUCGCCAACCUGCCCCCUGAGGCAGUAGACCAGCUGGCGCAGGCUCACCAUACCAUUUCACGGGACUCACAAAGCACUUCCACUGUAUUGCUAAACUGGCUUCGAGGAAAAAGCACUCCGAAAAUAGUUCACAAUAUGUGAGUUCAUCAAAGAAUAUUAGGGUAUGAUAUACUAUAUCUAACAAAACGAGAAAGUUAAACAAUUCAAAUAUUCAAUUCGUUUUUAUGGAAUCUAUAAUAUUUCUGUCUAAUUGUUUCGUUAGGAACAUCAGUUUUUGCAUUUAUGACAUAAAUUUUCCACCCCCAAAACGACACAAUUAUCGAAUGUUUAUAGGAACAUUUUAUUAAUUGUGCUUAUAUUUAAUAAACACUUGCCAACAGACAUUAAUUUCAUUAUGAUAUUUAUUAUUUACUUUUAUGUUUAAAUAUACUUAAAAAUUUAAUCAUAUUUUUUUUUUACUAUUUAUAAUGAUACUACUAAUAUAGUAUCAUAUUACAGUUGGUUAUAUUAACAAAAAGGUUUUAAAUCUACCUGCAUCAGUUGAUCUUGCAUUGUAUUCGUUGUAGUGUUUUCUUUUUACAAGCUUUUAUUUUCUUUUUCAAUAUAAAAUGUUUUGUUUUGUAUAUUCGUCAAAUUCUGUUAACAUUGUAUUUAUGCUUAAUUUAUUAGAAUCUUUUUUUUUGGAGUGACAUCGCAUUAGUAUAAACCCAUCAAAUACUUAUCGACAGGUAUACGAAUAUUAAUCACGUUUUCUUGAUUUUUCUCAUAGCAAUUUUUAUUCUUCAUGUCUGCUUUGGCAAGUACGAACGAACGAGACAAUGAUUUUAAACGCAAUGCAUUCCUAUCACAAACUUAGUUGUUAAACUGAAAACCUUACUUAACGGCCACUAUUUUGUUUUUCAUCUCUUUUACAUUACUCAUUUUAAAAAUUUGGUAAUUACCUAAAAACUGUUUUAUUUAUUCAGUUUAUAUGCAAAGAAAGUAAUAUCUUUAAUGUACCAAGUUGAAACUUUUCUAAAGCCAAUGGAAACACGAUUUCAAGGUGUGCCUUCUCGUUCAUAAACCAAAUUGUAAAUGUUAUUUUAUUCAAAGUUGUUAAUCGUUUAUUUCUAGUUAAAUAUAAAAUGUGUAUAAUUUAAUGUAUAUAUUUAUAUAUUAUUAUCAAGUUCACAUAUAUGUGAAUAUUUGUAUAUGACAUUGUAAAUUUGAUUUUCAUUAAAUGGAAUUUCAUUAA